GUAGGUAAAGUUCUCAUUGGAUGAGCAUCGUCAAUCUGUAGGAAGCGGGCCUUUUGGAGGAGCCCGGAAGUGGAAACACGGAGAGGUGAUCUGACAUGGAGAGAAAAUUAAGCAGAAUCCAUCUUGCUGUGGAACCUGAUGUAAUUCACUUUCUACAAGUCACAUGGGAGAAAACACUCGACUCUGGCUUUGCCAUCACACUUACUGAUGGUCAGUCAGCUUGGACUGGGACAGUUUGUGAAUCAGACAUUUCCCAAGAAGCUGAUGAUAUGGCUAUGGAAAAAGAGAAAUAUGUUGAGGAACUGAGAAGAGCCUUGGUGUCUGGAGCGGGACCAGGUGACAGAUACACGUUUGAUUUUUCUAAGGAAUCUUGUCACUUCUCUUUGGAGAAAAAGCUGAAAGAUGUUUCAUUCAGACUUUGUACCUUCAACCUCAAGAAAGUUACAAAUCCAGCUGAGGUCAUUAGAAAACUUCUUGGUGACUGUUUGGACACCAUCACAGAAAGCCAGGCUCAAAAUGAGCAGUUGCAGAAGGAAAAUGAAAGGCUUCUGAGAAGCUGGAAUGAUGUUCAAGGACGAUUUGAAAAAUGUGUGACUGAUAAGGAAGCAUUAGAGACGGAUCUUUAUAAGCGAUUUAUUCUGGUGCUGAAUGAAAAGAAAGCAAAGAUCAGAAGUUUACACAAAUCUUUAAAUGAAGCUCAGAAACUAGAAGAGAACAUGGAGCAGCAUAAAAGUGGGGAUACAGCGUGCGCUGAAAUGACUGCCGACAAAGAUACCAUCUACAGUGAAAGUACUGAUGAAGAACGUGAAACCCUGCCUGCCCCUUCUGUGUUAUCACCAGAAAAUUUAAGAAGAGAUGAUUCCAUUAUUUCAAGUCCCGAUGUCACUGAUAUUGCACCAAGUCGAAAAAGAAGGCAGCGGAUGCAAAAAAAUCUCGGGACCGAACCCAAAUUGGCAUCUCAUGAGUAUGAAGUUGAAGAGCAGAACAAGCUUGACCCUCCGCUACCUCAGACAUUGCGAAAACACAGCUCAACUGAAAACGUGUCUCUAGAAACGCUAAGGAACAGCAGCCCAGAAGAUCUCUUUGAUGAGAUUUAACUGUCUCCAAAAACUGCUUUGAUGUUCACUAGACUAUGUUUUCUAUUCAUUUCUUUAAACUCAGAAAGGAAACUUUCAGCUCAGUAGCAGCUAUUAUUGCUCCUUACAAUUUAAUCACAUAGAUACAGAAUUGAAACCAUUGUGCAAAAUGGAUUAAACAUGUAUAUGAAAAUAUGAUUUGAUGACAGUGGUACAUUUUUUUGUAGCUACUCAUUCACUAUGCCAAUAAUUACACAAAAUCUCAGACUUUUUGUUGCAAAAGGAUACAUUUAUCUGGUUCAGUUCACAUGUAUUACAUGUGAUAGCUGUCUAUCCUGUCUAGGAAGAUGUUAGAAAUAUAAGAAAAAAUAUGCAUUUUUUUGGUGAAAAGUCAUAUUCUGAACAAUACUUGAACAUUUUAAGGUGUGAAUGAUGUACAAAAUGUAUUUCCUAUAUGAAAACCACUUGAAAAAUCUCAUAAAAGUUUGGAUGUGUUGAA